AUGGCCUGGGCCUGGGCCUGGCGCUGCCGCCCAUGCAUCAACCAAUUGUCCUCUACUGCGUGUGCUCCCCACCAUCUUUCUUUUUCUGUUGCCACAGCUUCCUCUCCAAAAGCCGCCUCUCAUGCGUCACUGGAUACCAUGCACGAACGCUAUUGUUCAAACCUAACCACACUGCCGUCGCAAAUUGAGACCUUUAAAAGAAGAAUGGUCGAUCCGACGAUGUUACAAGCUCCUGGCGUCUCCGCACUGAUCUGCGCCCGCUGGCCAGCGGCCAGCGGCAGAGAGCAGCACUGCAAAAACCCGCCCACACCCGACAAAGCGAAACUCAGACCGCAUGCGGGCGCACCCACACCUCCAAGCAACCCUACUGCAGAUGUGCGUCAGCUUCUACCCCCCGCUGCCUACGCUGUGCGCGGAACAACGUAUAGAAUGCACAUGAAUCUCAUUGGGGGUUUUUCUGCCCAUAUUCCUUUCUUCCCUGCAUAUAGAGCGUUAUCUCGGCAACCAAAAGGUCCCCGUACCCCCUCCCCACCACCCAUCUCCUCUCCCCAGCCCAAAAGAAAGACACUCCCAGCGAAAAUAGACAAGAAUGAACCCACAAAAUGCCCUUCACAUCAUUGUGUGUAUACAUACCCUCGGCGUGAGCAGUAUAUACCACUACGUAAUAACUACCAGUACUGA